UCCUCAGUCCCCCACUUCACAAACCAUCUUCACAUUCAUUCCCAUCUUUUUUCUUUCUUUUUCUUUUUUUUUUCCCAUCAAACUUUCUCUUUCUUUUCUUGAGACUAUGUCUUCCAUGAUAAGCGCACAAGGGGUGGUCUUAGCAACAGCCAUGGCUGUUUCCGGCACAGUAAUCCUUCUUGCUCUGCGUCUUCAGAGGUCUUUCCCAUCUACCCAAUUCGCUGUUCAUGAAAUUCCACCUUCUCCACCAUCUCCAAUUUUGCGAUCUUGUAUAUCCUCUGAUGGGAAGAAGAAGAAGAAGAAGAAUAAGAGGGUGCACUUUGCAGAGGACGUGAUGGACUCAUGUGAAGAUGGAGAAGAGUUCAGAAGGUCUAUGAAGUCAAACUCACGAUCAAAGCUGCAAAAGAAUUUUAAUGGCGGAACAAAGAUCAGAGAAAUUCCUGCUAACAGGGUAGUCUUGUAUAAUGGAAUUCUUAGGGAUCGUGUGGCCCAACGAUUGGCCUACUCUUGCUGAUUUGGUUUUUACUGUGAAUAUUCUGUGAUUAUGCCUCUCCCUCUUCUUCUUUUUUCUUUUUUUUUUUUUUUUUUUUUUUUUCUUUUAGCAAGUGUAUUAGGAGAUAGAACAAGCAGAGGCAUGGUCCACAACAAGAGCUGAUAUGUGUAGUAAUAGCUCUUUUCAAUGAGGUGAUUGGAGGAGACACGGUGGAUUUUCUCGUGAGUUGUGAAUAGGAUUUUGUUUAUAUUUUAAGAUAAUUUUCUUCUGCUCUCUCUUCAUAACUCCAAAAGCAAUUGUGCCUUUUUUUCUUUCUUUUUUUCAUAUUCCUUCCCUUCUC